AUGGUCUCAAUUGCUCCAACACCACUCUACUUGCCUGUAGAGGAAGCCAACAAAAUAUUUAAAUCACCAAUUCCACAGAGAAGAGAAUUCACUGCUUUCAGUUCUGCCGCCAAUGUAAAUACUAUCGAUUCAUCCACAACCGAAUUGGCAAAAUCUCGUGAUUCAAGUGUUACCAAUAGUAAUGAGAUUGAUCAUCACCACCAACACCAACACCACAUUUCAAACCUCGCUCCCCCUUCACACAACACCGCAGGUGGAGAUUCAGAUUUAACUUUGAAUCGAUAUUAUAUUGGUCCAAAGAUCGCCAAAACCAAACAUCAUUAUCACCACCAACACCAUAACCAUCAUGCUGGCAAUUAUCACAAUCUUAAACCCGAUGUAAAUCAAAAGUCUUUAAUCGAAAAGACUGUAAGUGGUCUCUGUAAAUUUUCACCGAUUCUAUCUGAAGGUAAUGGUCUUGGAGGUGGUGUAUAUUUCAUGAAGUCACAAGCCGGCAAGAAGGUCGCCGUUUUUAAACCCAAGGAUGAGGAGAACGGAAUUAUUUCGCCAGUCGCCCAUAUCUCCUCGAAUGUCAAGAACCAACACAAUGGUCUCAAGAAUGGUACCAUCCAAGGAGAGGGAAUUUUUAAGGAGGUCGCUGCCUAUCUGUUUGACCAACGUCUCAAUGGUUAUUUCGGUGUGCCAACCACAACCCUAGUUGAAGCUUCACAUCCCUAUUGGAAGGAUAGCCUAGGACAACAGGUUCAAAAGAUUGGCUCACUUCAAGAGUACAUUGAUUUCGACGAUUCCGCAGAGGAAGUCGGAUGCUCCAAGUUCUCAGUAGCAGAUGUACACAAAAUUGGUCUUUUCGAUUGCCUCAUGUUCAAUUGCGAUCGUCACUCUGGUAACAUGUUGGUUGAAUACGAUGACCUUGACCAAUCCAAGGUUCCAUUCGACAAGAAAACACGUGAAUUAAUUCUCUCGAUAGAUAUCGACUCAGAGAUUCGUUACCUAAGAAGUGCCCUACCCGAACUCAGAAUUCAAUGUUUGGAAACAUUGAAGAUCACAACACUCUUUGUUCAAAAAGCCAUCAAAAAGAACAUGACACUCCAUCAGAUUGGCAAAAUGAUUUCGAGAUUCUCACAGUUGGAUCAACCAUCUUCCCUCGAAAGCAUCGUCAACGAAGUGACUCAUGUCAAAGGAAAUCGUAUCUCUUUAAACAACCAAAUCUUUUGGUUUGACUAUCAAAAAGAAAUUGAUUUGCAUUUGAAUUUAGUUGAAUCAAAUAAAUAA